ACUGCACGAUACCUUAUUUCAGUCGUGCAAAAGUGGUGACUUAUGACUCUCAUUGUCACUGAAAUCAUCGAAUAUUCUUCCAAGUGAAGAAUGCGUGUCUAUGAGGAAAUAUUUACGAGACUUUGACGUCUUUUAAUCGCGUAAUCAUCAAGAAAGUGUGCAUGGAGAUGGCGAGGAGAAGGCGGAACAUGUGUGCAUGCGGAACUCGAGUCAAGAGAACGCGCAAAGAGAGGGAAAUUUAAACUGUUGGGACCCGCUGUCAAAAUAGCUGCUUUAGCACCGAACGGCUAACACAAAUAUCGAACAAGAGCGAUAAAUAUGCGCGCUUUUUGUUCUAAGUGAAAAUAACUCGUGAUGCGACAGAAUGGAGUUGUGCAAUGACCAGCUUUCAGACUCCCCCUCCAAAAACAGCUACAUAGGAAGCUACUACAAGCCUCCGGAGAAGCUACAAUCGAUCCCAAAAGAGACUCCUGAGCCCCCGAUCGACAAUCCUGGGAUUCAAAAGCCUAAACAGAGCAACCAGGCUGUUGUGGAUGCACUAAGGACUCUUCAGGAGAAAAUAAAACGUCUGGAGCGGGAGCGUCUGCAAGCGAAGGAGAGGCAACAGGCGUCUGUUGCGACGACAAGUACCCUGUCUGUCAUAGAAGGUGAUAACAGGAAAGAGCGGGAUUCCAAAUUGCAGUCUGUUGAGACUCGCUGUAAAAUGCUUGAGAGGCAGCUUGACAGCAUGCAGAAGAUGGUAGCGGGCGCGAGGAAGGACAAGGAUGACCAGACAACGAAGCAGCUGCAGCAGGAGAAGCAGCCAAACAACUCAGACAACCAAAUUCAACGCGAAAAGCUGCAGCAACUUGAAUCUGAGUGUCUCAAAUUGAGCAGGACGCAAAACCUGUCAGAUAUGAAACUUGCUGUUCUCGAGCAAAAGCUUUUAAAGGAGGAGCACGAGCGUAAACUUGUGCUAGAGAAAGCAGGCCAGCUCCAGCGGGAGUUGGACAUCAACCUCCGACUGGCUUCACCAACUGCUCUCCGGCAGACUAAGCCAAAGAUCAUCUCUCAGAGAGCUACCUUGAAAUCCCCGAGGCCCAAUGAGUCACCGUCACCAAGGCAUAAAAAGAUUCCCUUUGUGGCUGGAAUGUCGACCAGCCCGAGCCACUCAGUACACGCCAACGUGCAGAGCAUUCUACACAUGAUAAAGCACCACCAGCCUCAGCUUUGCGAGCGGGUGAACGCCCUCCACCGCUCGCACAGCUGCAGCGCCAAGAAGAGCCUCCGAAUGGACGGCCCCACGGUGGCCGAGCGGGACCGGGAGCCCCCCGAACCCGCCGUCCAAUCGCCAGGCUCGUUGUCCGACCUCCUCCUGGCCCUGCAAGACGAGCUGGGGCAGAUGGGCUUUGAACAUCAGGAGUUGAUACGUCAGCUCGACGCGACUCAGCAUAGGGAGCAGAGGCACGAACUGCAGAAAGAACUGGAAAAUAUGGUGGCCAGGAUGGACAAAAAAGGGGCACAGAUCAUUAAGCUGAAGAAACACCAGCAGACAUGUUUCUGAAUGCUAAAGAGUUAAAAAGCAAGGCUCCGACCUGUAAGGAUGUUCUGGCAACUGCAAUCAAAGAGAGUUGGCACCAAAUUGAUGACGAAUACUCAUGAAGUCCAUGCCUCAGAGACUGCAAGCUGUCAUAAAAGCCAGAGGUGGUGCUACUAAAUACGAGAGAUGUUUUGUUAUUUCUUUGUUUGUUUCUCAUGAUUCCAUAUUUAUUUUCCUCAAAAUGGAGUGAUUCCAUAUAUAUUUCCCUGUACUUGCUCUAUAAAAGUAACAUUUACUGACCAUCACAAUGUUUUUUAUUCAUUUCUUUUAUUGUUUGUGAAUGCUAAAGAGUUGCACUUUUGAACUAAUUAAUUAUUUUUUCAAGUUUUUUAUCUGAGUUAGUUCUACAUGAUAAAAUGUCUGAGUGAGUGCUCGUCCGAGACUGGUGAUUCCAUACUUUUUUGCUAGGGAUUGUAUUUAAAUUCUUUAUUCAGACAAGUC